UCUCCAGUGUUUUUCUUGCUUUAUGACCACCUCCAUUCUCCCAAAAGUGGGUGGGUGGGUGUAUGUAGUCUUCUUUUUCUUAUUCUCUCUCAACAUCUCCAUAAACUUUCCCUUUUUUUCUUUUCUUGAGAUCAUCUAAUGGAUGCUGGUCAGUGGUCGAAGGGAUUGGGAGUAGUGAAAUCCAUGGAAGAAAAGAAAAAUAUUAGACCACAAAAGCCACAAGCUUUGAACUGUCCAAGGUGCAAUUCUGCUCACACAAAGUUUUGUUAUUACAACAACUACAGCCUCUCUCAGCCAAGGUACUUUUGCAAGACUUGUAGAAGGUAUUGGACUGAUGGUGGGUCUCUCCGAAAUGUUCCGGUGGGUGGCGGUUCAAGGCGGAACAAGCGAUCAUCCUCAUCAUCGUCAUCGUCAUCACUACCGGCAGCAGCUGCUGCUGCUGCCAUAGCUAAGAAUCAGUACCAUAUGAUAGCCCCACCAAUAGCAAGCUUGAUCCCACAAAACCCUAGCAAGACAAUCAUCCAAGGCCAAGGUCAAAGUCAAAGUCAAGUUCAAGGUCAAGACCUAAACCUAGGGUAUACAAACAUUUCUCUUCAAUUUGGUAACUUGCCCUACAAUCCAAACACCACAACUACCACUAGUUCAUCACAGUUCUCAGCCAUGGAGUUCUUGAAAAGUGGUUUUUCAGAUUCAAGAAAUCAAGUGAUGAUGAACACCAACACCAUGAUCAUGAAUCCUCCUGCAGGUUUGAAUUUUUCUCUUGAUGGGUUUGAUCAAAAUGGUGGAGGUUAUCAUCAUCAUCAUCAUGUACAAGGAGGAGGUGGGAUGACCAAUCAUCAAAGCACCAUGAGUACUAUAACUACAACUGCUGGUACAAGUGCAAAUGCAAGGAUAUUAUUCCCUUUUCAAGAUUUGAAGCCUAUUCCAACCUCAAAUAGUGAAUUGUUUGAGGCAACUAAAGGGCAAGGAGAAUCUUCAACUGGCUACUGGGGCACUGGAGAGCUAGGAGGAGGAUCAUGGUAAAUAUACAACAGAUCAAGAUCAGAAAAAAAAAAAAAAAAAAGUUGAUGAUUUGGGUUGAAGUUUUACUUUUAGAAGUUUUUUUGUUGUUUGGUUUUGAAAUGUAGAAAUUGUGAGUUAUGCAUGUAAUUUAACAAAACUAGGUUUUCAUUCGAUUUCUCUAA